AUGGCCCCUGCUUCCCCAGAGGCCACAGUGCAGUCCCAGGGUCCUGGGGUCCCGGUCCCAGUGCCACAGUCCCAUUUUCUGCAGAGGCGGCGGGAGAGGGGGCUGCGCAAUCCCAGAGCCUCUGUAGAGUCUGGAAAGGGUGUGACCACAGUGCCUCAACCUCCCACAGCCCCUCUCCCAGCCUGCCUGGCCCCAGAUCGCGCCCCCACCAGUAUAUCAAUGCCAAUCCCAGUCUUUGGACUACAGGAUGAUUCCAAGGUCUUUAAGGAAGGGAGUUGCUUACUCGCAGAUGAUAACUUUGUCCUGAUCGGCUCCUUCGUGUCAUUUUUCAUCCCCUUAACCAUCAUGGUGAUCACCUACUUUCUAACUAUCAAGUCACUCCAGAAAGAAGCUACUUUGUGUGUGGGUGAUCUUGGCACACGGGCCAAAUUAGCUUCUUUCAGCUUUCUUCCUCAGAGUUCCCUGUCUUCAGAAAAGCUCUUCCAGCGGUCAAUUCACAGGGAGCCAGGGGCCCAUGGCAGGAGGACUAUGCAGUCCAUCAGCAAUGAGCAAAAGGCUUGCAAGGUGCUGGGUAUCGUCUUUUUUCUGUUUGUGGUCAUGUGGUGCCCCUUCUUCAUCACGAACAUAAUGGCCGUCAUCUGCAAAGAGUCCUGUAACGAGGAUGUCAUCGGAGCCCUGCUCAAUGUGUUCGUUUGGAUUGGUUACCUCUCUUCAGCAGUGAACCCACUGGUGUACACCCUGUUCAACAAGACUUACAGGUCAGCCUUUUCACGGUAUAUUCAGUGUCAGUACAAGGAAAAUAAGAAACCAUUGCAGUUAAUUUUAGUGAACACUAUCCCAGCCUUAGCCUACAAAUCUAGUCAACUCCAAAAGGGACAGAAAAAGAAUUCAAAGAAAGAUGCCAAAGUGACAGGUAAUGACUGCACUAUGAUUCCUCUAGGAAAACAAAAUUCAGAAUAUGCUCCUACAGGCAAUAUCAACCCAGUGAAUGAAAAGGUUAGCUGUGUGUGAUAGACUAGUUGCCUUGGCAACCACGGAGCACACACUGAACAAGUUUUCACCGAUCUGGAAAGAAAAGAAA